ACAAAAUCACAGAAAUUUCCAUUUUUAAGUUUCCUUUGUGGAGAAGGAAAAGAAAAACAACCCGCACAAGGCAGAGUGGCAGACUGACUUGGUCAAUUUCACUCGUUAAAACUCCCAAGUCUAUAUUCUUCACCAUCUUCUUCUUCAUCUUUUUCAUUUAUUUUUUCCUUGAAUUCAUCAAAUCUCAGCAAACUCCGAAGUCCCAAUAAUGGCGUCUUCAGCCUCCACAUCAGGCACCGCCACAAACGUCAUGCUCGCCAUCUUCGAGAAGAAGACGACCCAAAUCGAUCUCUACCGCCCACUCCGCAACUACAUCGCCUUCAACUACUCCGAACGCGAAGCCCAGAACCUCGAAGACGAUCUCCAAACGGUGAAACAGCUCCGCUCCGACCUCGAGCGCCAACCCGACCCAUCACUCACGACCCGCCGCGACCUCCUCCAAAAUUACUACAAAGCCCUCUGCCUCGUCGAGACCCGCUUCCCCAUCUCACCCGAUAAGGAUCAUAUCAAUACCAUCACUUUCGUUUGGCAAGACGCCUUCAAAAACAAGCAAAAGGCUUCCCAGCAGAACAUCCACUUGGAAAAGGCUGCCGUUUUGUUCAAUUUGGGCGCUGUGUAUAGUCAGAUUGGGCUUUCCUACGAUCGCGCCACCGUUGACGGUCGGCGGCUGGCUUCUCACGCGUUUAUUGCCUCGGCCGGGGCGUUCGCGUUUUUGCGAGACAAUGCGGCGACCAAGGCAUCGAUUGGGAGCUCGACGACGGUCGAUUUGUCGGUGGAGUGUGCUGGGAUGUUGGAGAGGUUGAUGCUGGCACAGGCGCAGGAGUGCGUCUUUGAGAAUACCAUAGCCAAAGGGAGCACGCCGGGUGUUUGCGCGAAGAUCUCGAGGCAGGUUGGGCUGUAUUACGAGGAAGCUUUAGCGGCAUGCAAUGUUCCGCCUUUAAACCAGCAUUUUGACAGGGCCUGGAUCUCACACAUGCAGUUAAAGGCAGCUCUCUUUUAUGCAGAAGCUUGCUAUAGGUAUGGUCUAGAGCUGCAUGAGAAAGAAGAGAUUGCAGAAGAAAUUGCACGGUUAAAGAGUGGGAUCAGUGCUUUAUCUGAGGCUAAGAAAUCCACAAAAGGGGCUGCUGCACAGAUUCUGGAUGCAAUUAGCAAGUUAGAGGCCAAUCUUAACCGUAAUCUGGAGAGGGCUGUGAAGGAGAAUGAUAGAGUUUACCUCAUGAGGGUUCCUUCCCCUAGUUCCUUACCACCCCUUCCAGCAUUUUCCAUGGUGAAGCCUUUGGCGAUGAAUGAGGUCUUAGAUGCGAGCAAGGAGAAGAUGUUUGCCAGUCUUGUUCCAGAUAGUAGUGCUAAAAAUCUUUCCAGAUACACUGAAAUGGUUGAUGACAUUAUCAGAACACAAGCAGAAAAGUUGCAACAAGCGAGUGAACUGACCAGAGUGAGGCUCAAGGAAAUGGACCUUCCAGAGUCUAUUCUUGCAUUGGAAGGGAAUUUUACUCUUCCUACGGAUCUUAAAGAAGAUGUGGAGGCAGUGCAGAUAAGUGGGGGCCCUGCUGGUUUGGAAGCUGAGUUACAGCAGCUUAGGGAUUUGAGAAGGGUGAACCAGGAGAUUCUGAUACACAUUGAGGAGCUCUUGCAGAAAGAGGCAAGAGAAGAUGCUCAGUUUAAAAGCCAAUUUGGAGCCCGAUGGACGAGGCCUCAGUCAAGCACUCUUACAAAGAACUUACAGGAUAGGCUAAACAGGUUCGCAGCUAACUUGAAGCAAGCUGCGGAUAGUGAUGCUCGGAUUGAGCGCUCAGUCAGAGAGCAUUCAGCUCUCAUGUCAAUCCUUGAUCGUCGUCCGAUUGAAUCUGCCCUCCCAACUCUGGCAAGGCCAAUAAUGUCUUUGGAUGCCAAUGAAGAUGCUAUUUUGGGGGCCCUGAAGCAGAGCCUGAGGCAAUUGGAAACUCUUGGUGCUCAACGAGCAGGUCUUGAAGACAUGCUUAAAGAGAUGAAAAGAAAGGAUGAUAUACUUCCUAAGUUGAUGACCUCAACUGGCUCCUAUGAGGAUCUGUUCAGGAAGGAGAUAUCAAAAUAUGAUCAUAUAUGCGAAGACAUUGCCCAAAAUAUUGAGGCUCAAGAACAAUUAUUGCUGCAAAUCCAGGCCCAAAAUGAUGAGUUUGCUGCCAUCUUCAACCUUGAAGAUUACAAAGCAUCUCGUGAGAAAUGUUACAAGCAGAUUCAAGCUGCCAUAGCAAAGUUCCGUGAAAUUAAGGACAACAUAAACGAGGGGUUAAAGUUUUAUGUUACUCUCCAGGAUGCAAUAACGAAUGUAAAGCAGCAGUGCAGUGAUUUUGUGAUGACUAGAAACAUCCAGUGCCAGGAAAUGAUUGAAGAUGUGCACAAACAAAUGGCAGGCCUCAAUUUCCAAGAUGCUAAAAGCACAGGCACAUACAACAACAGCUAUCCUUCUGUCGGACAUCAAGCUCAGAGACCUGUUUCACAACAGCAAACAGAUCCUCGUCCUCAAACACCAUACUACCAUCCUCCUGAGCAGCCAGCAAUGGCUGGGUAUGCUCACCCUCCCCCCUAUAGCUCGACGCAGCAGAUGCCAUCUCCUUAUGUUCUGCCACCUCAAACUGGUAGUCCAUAUGCACCUUCUCAAGCUGGUAGUCCGUACCCACCUCCUCAAGCCGGUAGUCCAUACCCACCUCCACAGGCCCAGCAACAGCCACCUGCAAACCAUGACUAUGGUCAACCUGCUUAUCCAGGGUGGCGAGGUCCAUACUACAAUUCCCAUGCACAACAAGCCGGAUCUCAUCCUCGACCUCCUUACACCAUUCCAGGUCAAUACCGCCCUCCUCAACAGGGUGGCUACUAUAAGCAACAAUAGUGUAGGCGCCCGUACCAUGCGCCAUAUAAUCUGAUUGUUUAUGAAGUGUUGUUAAUUUUGCCGUUUGGAUGAUUUCCCGGUAGAAUGAAGAUGUAGUCAUCCGAGAUUGUAUAGUCUAUAUAAGUCUGGAAUAUUUCGGGGUGACUGACUGGUGGUUUGCUUGAUGCCUUCAUGUGAAGUGCAUGUCUCUCGUUCAGACAUUUUUCAGUGUAUAGCUUGAGCAUUUUUAAAUACAUGUUGUAGACGUAUAGAAAUAAUGAAUUCAGGUAUUUGAACUAUUAUGGCCAGAUUUUAUCA